AUGGAUUGCUCUUUUAUGUUUAUUAUUAGAGUCAACUCACUCGAGUUUGUCUAUGCAUCUGAAUCAAUAACAGAUGUGCUGGACCUAGUGGACGAUUAUGAACAAGAGGAUGUAGCUAGAGCACUAAACACCAUCGUUCGUGAAAACAAAGCCGCUAGUUUACUAUAUCUUCAUCUCUUGCAUGCGCAACAACAAAGGUUUAUAGUUUGCCAAAUGACCAUCAGCGUUGCGGGCAACGUUAUAGUGGGGAGUAUUUGUCAAGCCGCGCUAGACGCAAUCGGCAGCACAGCGCGCGAUCAGAGUGCCGAAGAAUUGAUUGUAGCUGUGAACGAAUCCGUUAGUUAUCCAGGAAUAUCGAGGUACCAUGCAACCGGUUGGACUGGAACUCGCUUUCCAAGGACUGCGCUCCUAUUAGACCGAUUCUCAGCCGAUUGCAUUAUCACCCACUGUACCAAUAACGCAAUUCUAGAUAACGAGUCCUGUGUCGAGCGACGUGGCGGACUUUUUGAUAUGUCGCACCACAAGAUGAAGCCUCAGUAA